AUGGCGACGACAUCGAACAUGUUCUUGUACUCGCUGACCAUCCAGCCGCCGACGACAAUCUCACAGGCGUUGCUGGGUCAGUUCUCGGGGACCAAGGAGCAGCAAAUCAUCACCGCCUCGGGGUCGCGCCUCACACUCCUGCAGCCCGACCCCAGGCAAGGAAGGGUCAACACCAUAUUGUCCCAUGACAUCUUCGGCAUCAUCCGGUCUAUUGCGACCUUUCGUCUUGCCGGUAGCCACAAAGACUACAUCAUCCUCGCCACAGACUCGGGCCGGAUCGCCAUCGUCGAGUACCAGCCUAAAACGAACCGGUUCUCGCGUAUCCAUCUUGAGACGUUCGGAAAGUCGGGAGUGCGGCGCGUUGUUCCCGGCCAAUACUUGGCUGCUGACCCGAAAGGACGGGCGUGUUUAAUCUCGGCGGUGGAGAAGAACAAGCUGGUCUACGUCCUGAACCGAAAUGCUCAGGCCGAAUUGACCAUCUCCUCUCCGCUUGAGGCACAUAAGCCCGGUGUUUUGGUCCUGUCACUCGUGGCCCUCGACGUGGGAUAUGCCAACCCUGUCUUUGCCGCCCUCGAGAUCGACUAUUCUGAGGCUGACCAGGACGCGACUGGGGAAGCGGGCAAAGAGGCCGAGGCGCAAUUGGUUUACUACGAACUCGACCUUGGUCUGAACCACGUCGUGCGCAAGUGGUCAGAUGUUGUCGACCCGACUUCUUCGCUGCUCUUCCAGGUUCCGGGAGGCAAUGACGGUCCCAGCGGUGUCCUAGUCUGUGGGGAGGAGAAUGUCACCUACCGCCACUCCAACCAGGAGGCCUUCCGCGUCCCCGUACCGAGGCGGCGCGGUGCGACGGAGGACCCGCAAAGGAAGCGUACCAUCGUGUCCGGCGUCAUGCACAAGCUGAAAGGUAGUGCUGGUGCCUUCUUUUUCCUCCUCCAGACUGACGACGGAGACCUGAUGAAAGUCACCUUGGACAUGGUCGAGGACGAUGAUGGGAACCCUACUGGUGAAGUCCGACGUUUGAAAGUCAAGUACUUUGACACAAUACCCGUUGCCCAGAGCCUGUGCAUCUUGAAAAGCGGUUUCCUUUUCGCUGCCGGGGAGUUCGGCAACCACCACUUCUAUCAAUUUGAGAAGCUUGGGGACGACGACGAGGAGCUGGAAUUCUCGAGCGAUGAUUUCCCAACAGACCCUCGGGUCGCAUAUAAUCCCGUUUAUUUCCACCCACGGCCCCUCGAGAACUUGGUGCUUGUGGAAAGCCUCGAUUCGAUGAACCCUCUGAUUGACUGCAAGAUCGCGAACCUGACCGAGGACGAUGCGCCGCAAAUCUACUCGGUCUGCGGUAACCGGGCAAGGAGUACAUUCCGGAUGCUCAAAUACGGUUUGGAGGUUUCGGAAAUCGUUGCCUCGGAGCUGCCCGGCACGCCCUCUGCUGUGUGGACGACAAAGUUGACAAAGUAUGACGAGUACGAUGGAUAUAUUGUCUUGUCAUUUACGAACGCGACGCUUGUUCUGAGCAUUGGUGAAACUGUCGAGGAGGUUACCGAGAGUGGCUUCUUGACGAGCGUCCCCACCCUAGCGGUACAGCAGCUGGGCGAGGAAGGUCUUAUCCAAGUUCACCCCAAGGGUAUCCGGCAUAUCAUUCAAGGCCGUGUCAAUGAGUGGCCCGCUCCCCAACACCGAUCGAUCGUCGCGGCCACGACGAAUGAGAGCCAGGUUGUCAUUGCCCUGAGCUCUGGCGAGAUUGUCUACUUCGAGAUGGACGCCGAUGGGUCGCUGGCCGAGUACGAUGAGAAGAAAGAGAUGACAGGGACUGUAACUGCUCUUAGCCUAGGCAGAGUGCCGGAAGGCUUGAGGCGAAGCCCCUUCUUAGCGGUUGGCUGUGACGAUUGCACAGUCCGCAUCCUCAGCCUGGAUCCCGAAUCUACGUUGGAGAUGAAGUCUAUCCAGGCGCUUACGUCGGCGCCCUCCUCUCUCUCGAUAAUGUCGAUGGAAGACUCAACCGGCGGGAUGACACUAUUCCUUCACGUUGGCCUACAUUCUGGAGUCUACUUGAGGACCGUGCUGGACGAGGUGACCGGUGAACUCGCCGAUGCCCGGUCGAAGUUCCUUGGGUCGAAGCCCACGAAGCUGUUCCAAGUCUCCGUCCAAGGCCAACCUUGCGUCCUGGCCCUAAGUUCGCGUCCAUGGCUGGGGUAUACAGACCCUAUCACGAAGAAUUUCGUCACGACGCCAUUGCUUUACUCCGACCUCGAAUAUGGCUGGAACUUCAGCAGUGAGCAGUGCCUCGAAGGCAUGGUGGGCAUUCAUGCCAAUUUCCUUAGAAUCUUUACCAUCGAGAGGCUGGGCCAGACGAUGAUUCAAAAGUCUAUCCCCCUCACCUACACCCCCAAACGGUUGGUCAAGCACCCAGAACAACCGUACUUCUACACCAUCGAAUCCGACAACAACACCCUACCCCCCGAACUACGGGCGCAACUUUUGGCACAAUCAGGCGCCGUUAAUGGCGACGCAGCGGUCUUGCCGCCAGAAGACUUCGGAUAUCCUCGAGCCACAGGGCGAUGGGCGUCCUGCAUCAGCGUUGUGGACCCCCUGGCGGAAGAACCUAGUGUACUCCAGCGGAUUGACUUGGAGGGCAACGAAGCGGCGGUCAGCGCCGCUGUCGUUCCCUUUUCCAGCCAAGACGGCGAGAGCUUCCUCGUCGUGGGCACUGGGAAGGACAUGGUGCUCAACCCACGCCAGUUCAGCGAGGGUUAUAUCCACGUGUACCGGUUCCACGAGGAUGGGAGAGACCUGGAGUUCAUUCACAAAACCAAGGUGGAAGAACCUCCCAUGGCUCUCAUCCCAUUCCAGGGGCGCCUCCUUGCUGGCAUUGGCAAGACCCUCCGUGUGUACGACCUCGGUCUCCGGCAGCUUUUGCGGAAAGCCCAGGGAGUGGUGGCACCUCACUUGAUCGUAUCACUGCAAACCCAGGGCAGCCGCAUCGUCGUGGGCGAUGUCCAGCAGGGCCUCACCUACAUUGUCUACAAGCCCGAGAGCAACAAGCUCCUCCCCUUCGCGGACGACACAGUCAACCGCUGGACCACCUGCACGACCAUGGUUGACUACGAAUCCGUCGCGGGUGGCGAUAAAUUCGGCAACAUCUGGAUCCUGCGGUGCCCCGAUCGGGCCAGCCAAGACAGCGACGAACCCGGCUCGGAGAUCCAGCUCCAGCACGCCCGCAACUACCUCCACGGCGCACAGAGCCGUCUCAGCCUGAUGGCACACUUUUACACGCAGGAUCUGCCCACCAGCAUUGUCAAGACGAAUCUCGUCGCCGGUGGUCGGGACGUGCUGGUGUGGAGCGGUAUCCAAGGCACCGUCGGCGUGCUGAUCCCCUUUGUCAGCCGCGAGGACGUGGAUUUCUUCCAAAACUUAGAGAGCCACAUGCGGGCAGAGGACGCCCCGUUGGCGGGACGGGAUCAUCUCAUUUACCGUGGGUAUUAUGUGCCGGUUAAGGGGGUGAUCGAUGGAGAUUUGUGUGAGAGGUUCAGUCUGCUGCCGAACGAUAAGAAGCAGAUGAUUGCUGGAGAGCUGGACCGCUCGGUGCGGGAAAUCGAGCGGAAGAUCUCGGAUAUUCGGACAAGAUCUGCUUUCUAA